AUGACUGUGUCCGAAGGCACAGAAUCUCAACGCACUCAAAGUCAAGCCUUAGCACUGACACGUGUUGCCAAUGCAGCUGCCGCUGCAGCCGCCAAUGCUGCAAAUACCAAAACUCCGACGGAUAAUCUGCACUCAGAGGUUGUAGUGAAGAAGGAACAUUCGCCCUCACCAUCGCAUUCGCGACACACGCCUAUCAAUAAUGCUGUACCAUCGACAUCAUUGGCCAGUAAUACCACACACGUACCAAAUGACGGUUCGCCGCCCACUCCUGUACAACAGCAUCGAAGAAAUUCAUUACAAGGUGUGCAGGAUAAGUUAGCGCAAUUACAUCAAUUGCAGCAGCAGCAGCAGCAGCAACAGCAGCAGCAACAACAACAGCAGCAGCAACAGCAGCAGCAACAACAAAACAGUAACAACGAAGAGCAACGUAGUCCACGUUAUGCAUCCGGUGGUCUUUCUACACACACGACGACGCCAUCACCGCAUGCGAGUGAGGUGGCGAGUACAACAACGACCACAGCCACAUCUAGUCAGCAUAGCACUACACCAAAACUUUCCGAUCGUGAUGAUCGUUCCGAUCAUACACCUCGAAUAUCCAUCGGUAGUAUAACAUGUUUGCCGCCAUCAGCUUUGAAUGCCGUCGCAGCCGCAGCUGCGGCCACAUCUGGCCAUCAAACACAAAGUUCCUCAGCAGCCGCCACGCUAUCCACAAAUCCACAUAACGAAAAGCUAUUAAGCUCGCCAGCAUCAGCAGCUGCAGCCGCGGCUGCUGCCGCAGCAGCUAUGGAAAAUCGUCGCGAUUUUGAUGUUUCUAAAGUCAAUUGUAAGUACAUUUGUUUUCGUUAUUAAAGCGCAUGAAAUUAUCCCUUAAACAUGUAUCUCAUGCCGACGAAGCAAUCGAUUCGUUUUUCGCACAAAAGAAUAAAAUCCGUUUCCUUUCGUUUGCUGGCGUACCAAAUAAGGGUUAAAUCAAUUUUAAUCUCCCAACUUGAAAACAACUCAUUGCUCUUAUACGUGUAAAUACAAAAGCGAACUUACCUUCCUUGCUAGCAAUUAAUCCAUUGGUCCUUUCAAUAACUGUUGGCAUACGAAUUGAAAGAGAAGCUUAAAGUAUUAAGAGGAUUAAUUUUCUAUAGUAAUAUGAAAAUAUGCAUAGAAACGCAAUCAUUAUAAUCAACGGAGUAGACAGACAAACUGAUAAUUUGUGGAAUUUUAAAACUAUUUUAUAUACGAAAGAUUAUAUCAAGUAAAUAACGUUAUUUUACGUUGGAUUACAUUUUAAAUGUGGCAGAUCAAGUUUUUCCCAAUUUCCCCGAAGCAUUGCAGUACAUUGAAAAAAAAAAAAGAGAUUAAAAAUCAUCAAUUUAAAAGCUCACUUAGCAUAGUGCGUCAUCAAUAUUGUAAACGUUCCAAAAAAAAAAAAAAAAAAUUAUUAUAUGAAACAAGAGCACACUGUAGCAUAUGCCCGCUAAAUAUGUGAAAAUUCAUUUAUGCACUUCAGUCACUUCAGUCUUUUUAUGAGAGCUUGGGUUUUCUCAAUGCUCGAAAGUAUGAAUAUUUUGGCUACAGGAACGAAGGCUUCUAACAGGAUCUCGCAAUCCUCCGUUUAAAUGGAGCGAUCAGUUUAAGUGCUAAAUACCUCGUAGCAGCUUGACAUAAAGCCAGAUUGAAGUAAUAAAUUUCUGUACUAAUUUCUCAUGAUCUUCGUUUCUGGAUUAUCACGGUGUUGCAGAGCCUAAUUUCUCUAGCGAUUACCCCCCUUAAUCCGAUGAUCUGAAUGUUUUUGUUAAACUUUUCGUAGCACUGCAUAGCGGCAGCAAAGGCCUACAACUUUCGCUUGGGGUUCAUUUUUAGGGAAAAAGAGCUUUCAGCUAAAUACGCCCAGUUUGCACAGCAGUUUUAGAUAUUUAUGCUGCCGCAUAGCCGGCAAAAUAGGAGUUGUGACUACCAAAUCAGUGUUCAAUCUCCGUGGCGUUUGACUUGGCCGUAGCUGUAACUAGGGCUCAGUCGGUCAAGGAAUAACACUUUACCGAUUCGAUACUCUGUUGCGGCUACUACCUAUCACUUUCUUCCUCUUCAUUUCUUUCUAAUCGUCAUCGUUUUUUAUCAAUAAGAAACAUUCGCUGUUAUAAUAACCAAAAACUACUCAACGAAUAUUCGCUCACUAUAACUAAGGCGAAGUAGGCUCUACUAGUGUGAGAUUUGAAUCUGCCAACUCUGGAUUGGCGGUUGCUUUUAUAAACUUGUGCAGUUUUCACCAGUGCAGUGCGUUACUUAAAAAGCUAUUCCCAGCAAUUAUAUACCAUAGCUCAUGACUUAUGUAAUAAGAACUGUGAGAAGUGUGAGCGAAUUUUUCAAAGCGACAUUAGAGAGUGGAUUGAGUAAGGUUUUUUUGAAUUAAAGAAGAUACCCUCAAACAGAUUAAACCUAUUCAUCUAGGAUGUGGUUUUUCAGGUAGACAAUAAAAACCUCUUUAGGAUUAUCAUCAUUCGUCAGCCAAACUUGGCAUUAAAUUACAUUUUGCUAGAGUGCUUGCCUUUUUUAUAAACUUGAUUUAGAAGAAAUGAUUUCUAUCAGUAUCGAUGUGUUUGUUGUUGUAUGGCAAUAGUAGAGAUGCUUGUCUUUUGCACUUAAUUUUUCCAUCACUGGGGACAACUACUAACAACAUCUAACAAAAUUAAGCCGAUUGCUAAACUUUUAUAUGCGAAAAGGGUGGAAUUUUCGGCGUAAUGACGCUCAGCAGGACGGAAAAGCAAUGUGCUAUCUUUUCCUCUCAUUCCAUCAGAUGCACGUUCUAUUGAUUAACACCUGAUUUAUUAUCUGGCUGAACAGUGCUUUCAUGCUUAUAAUGAUUUUUAGAAAAGAGAUAUUCGGGUGGAAAAACUUCAAAUGUUGUCCUUUAGACAACGAAUUUAUAUACUGAAAUAGCGCUUAGCUAACGAUGGAUAAUUCUAUGAAUAAAACAUAUUUCCUUAGUUAACAUCAAAUUUUUGUUUCCGUAAAAAGUUGGCCACAACUUGUUUGCACUUCUAAUAAAAUCGUUUAUUAUAAAAAUGCAAGUAAAUAUUUUUCAUAUUAAAGCAAGUGAAAACAUGAAGAAUGGCCGAUGAUCUGUGCCUUUACCUACCCUACAGCACUGCGUUUAUUACAACUUUUUAUAUAACAACCUUCCGAAGUAAGGCUUUAUCGCGGAAAUGGUUCCGAUCUAAAUCAUCUUCCAUAGCUUGCGUUCGCCGGACUAUCAAAUUUGGUGAAAACAUCGUAACCAUUGCGACUUUCAAGGCGGGUGGAUGGACAGACAAGCCUAGAUCCGUUCAGAAAGUGAUUUCGAAUCCUUAGUAAAACGUGGCUCUAUCUCAAUUUCUUCUCCGUACAAGUUUAAUAUGCGCUUGUAGCAUAAAUGAUGUAAGCUAUGAAAAGCUUAA